GUUUUGUAUAGAUUUGGUCUGGUUAUACUUGUCAAGUUGGUCAACGCAGAUUAAAACCGAUCUUCUAUUGUGUGAUUGUUUAUGAUUGGAUUCACAUUAUCAAUUUUGAAGAUAAUUUUCUAAGUUUGUGUUUGAAUUUUAAGUGAUGUUUAGUUUUGAUUGAAGAAAAGGCUUUAAUACAAUGUUAGGCUAGCUUAACUUAAAUGGCUUUUCGAGUUUUUAUGUGAAUAAGUUAAAUGCCGGUAUCUUAAUCACUAUUAAGAUAACGUCAUGUGUGAUAUAUGUGCUGAUUUUUCUGAGCUCCUGAAUAACUUUUCAGAUGGGGACAAAGUCCAUAAACUCGAUGGGAGUGACCUACCUCUUCUUAAAAAACGGGAAAUUGAACAAGUUUUUACAUUCAUACAAACAUGGAUUCAGAGGCAAUGUUUUUGCUGCUUCAGAGAUCCUAAAAAUUAUGAGAAAUUCCACUUAAUAACACAAAGCAUAAUACUAUUAGUUGUUAAGCAAUUGAAAGCUUAUAGAGGCAAGGAUGUGAUUGAAUGCAUUUCUCCACCAAAUGAUGACUCGCACAAAACUAACAAAGAGAACAAGAAUGAAGUAAAGAUCAUUGAUGUUACUGAAGAAAAAGAGCCUACAACAGGAAUUGAUAAAGAAGAAAGUAAAGAUAACAACCCUCUGGAAACAGGAGCUGUUCAUGAAGGAGAGAAGGAUGUCUGGACGAUCCAAGACAUGGAAAAGCUGUUACAUUUUCUCUCAAAAGUGUUUCUUCUCAACUUUCCACUAUAUGCAGCUUACAAACAAAGCUUACAGACCAAAAUGGAAGAACUGACUCAACAAGAAGCUACAGUGCUGAGCAACUUUUGUGACGUUCAUGAUUUGGAAAUACCAAUACAUCUCUUACGGAAUGUUUGCUUAUUUUGCAGGAGUGGUGGUGUACAAGCCAUGACUUCAUGUUUUGAGUACCAAACCUUCCCGUUGCCUGUUGCCCACGCAAUAAUAUCUGUUGUCUGUAAUUUAAAACUUUGGCUGAACUUCAGAUCUAUAAUGCAAUUAUUUAUUCCUCUACGCUCCAAAGUACUAAGAUAUAUGUGCAACAUGAAUGACAAGGAUCUGCGAUCUCAAGGCAUCAAAGCCAUGGCAGAUUUCAUGUGGAGUGCAGUGAAGGAUCCAAUGGACUCUCCAGUGCAGUUUGAUCGUGACGGGCUGAAUCUGGCUUUCAAGUAUUUCACAUCGUCAACACUGACGAUGCGGCUCGCGGGCAUCUCACAGAUCAACUCUCACAUCAACAUGUUCAAUGAGAUGUGCAACAGUGAGAACAUCAUGGAGGUGGAGAGUGUGGGGCAGAAUCUAGCUGCAUGGCUCAUAGACAACAACAUCAUAUCUCAUAUCUUCGGCCCUAAUCUGCAUGUUGAGGUGAUCAAACAGAGCCACAUAAUUCUGAGUUUCCUGGCGAUGGAGUGCAAGAUCACUAACGAGCACAUAGACAUCAUCUGGCAGGCGGCACAGCUGAAGCACUGCAGCAAGCAGGUGCAUGACUUGCUGCCACCUCUCAUCAAGAACCUAGAGGCUGGGCCUGUGCUGCACCUGUACCACCUAUUGUGUCGCCUGGAGCCCCGAGACCACACGGAACAGAGUUUGUACCUGGCCUCGGCCAUUAUCAAGUUCUUGUGGUCAAGCAAUGGAUCAUACAGUGGGCUGGGAGAGCCUCCAGGCAGCUUCAUGUGUCUCACUGGCUACCCGAAGACUUCUCAGAGGCAGAUGAGCAGCUCGGAGAAUAGCAACUCUGAGGGAGAUACAUCUGAAGGCCACAAGAGUGACAGUGAUGGUAGUGAUGGACCGACACCUCGCAAGAGACAGAAGCAAAGGAAGCCAGCUGUAGAGGAGGACGACAGCAGUGAUGCCGAUAGUGCAAAAAUUGAAGAUAUAGAGGAAGAAGAAGCCACAUGUGCCAAGGAAGGUGAAGUCAAAGCCUCUACUCCGGCCAACAGACGAGUCAACAAACGCAAACAGUUGCCUUUCUCACAGCCACCAAAUUCAAACUCAAAAUUGGCAAGACAUAAUCUGAGGCUGAACAAAGCUGACGUUGGACCUUCUAGUUCUGAACAAGAAAGACUUAAACUGCACAGAGAGCAAAAGGCAAUGCGAGAGAAACUGAAAGCCAGUGAGCAGCAGAAAGAUGAAAACAGCAAUUCUGUGAAAAUGGAAGAAUGUUCUGACGAAGAGGAGGAAGAAGACGAGGAUGAAGAGGAGGAGGAGAGUGAGAGUGAGGAGGAGGGAGUGAUGCUGGCCGGACGUAUCUCACUGGACCCGGACACUGUGAUGGACCAGGAGGUGCCCAACUUAAUGCUCAGGCAAGGUUCAGACUACAUACAGCUUGUGAGCAGAACCUCCCCUGACUGUGGACAGACAGCUGUGAUGACAGAGCUGGCAAGUCUAGUACAGAACGCUCCUCACUGCCGACCUUUCAUCACCUCCACCUUCCAGCUUAACCCGCAAGGUUCAGACUACAUACAGCUUGUGAGCAGAACCUCCCCUGACUGUGGACAGACAGCUGUGAUGACAGAGCUGGCAAGUCUAGUACAGAACGCUCCUCACUGCCGACCUUUCAUCACCUCCACCUUCCAGCUUAACCCGCAAGGUUCAGACUACAUACAGCUUGUGAGCAGAACCUCCCCUGACUGUGGACAGACAGCUGUGAUGACAGAGCUGGCAAGUCUAGUACAGAACGCUCCUCACUGCCGACCUUUCAUCACCUCUACCUUCCAGCCUAACCCUCAUGAAAUGAUGGAAGAAAUACUAAGUGUUGAAGAUGGAGAAGGUGAUGGAAGCUUAUCUUCCAGAAUGAGCAACAAAUCAGAGAAGAACAUGGCCGACUUUGAUGGGGAAGAAUCUGGCUGUGAUGAGGAAUUGGCUCAAUUUGCUGCCAGAGCUCAGUUGCAGGCUCAUCUGACACCACAACAGCUGGGACAGAUGGCGAGGCUACAUGCCAACAAGGUCGCUCUGCACCACCUGGCUCCCAUCCCUUCACAGUUCAACCUGGAGAAUGUCUGCAAACCGGGGAACACACUGUUGUGGGACCUUCUACAGGACGAUAAAAUUAAUCAAUUAGGGGAGGGUUUGGCGAUGGAAGCUGAGAAAGUUCUAUGCAACCUUUUGUGCUUCAGCAGUGAUAAGGUGAUAAGGAUGAAGUUCAUCGAGGGGUGUUUGGAUAACCUAGCAAAAAACUGGUCAGUGGUGGUGUCGCUUAGGCUGCUGCCCAAGCUGUUUGCAUCAUUCCAGCAUUUCCGCGGUGGUGCUGUAGACACUCACCAUGUCAUGCUGUGGGCACUCAAGGAACAUGCCAUGAUGGAACGGUUCUUUGACAACCUACGAGUGUGUACUACUGCCGGCCCUCUCCCUCUCACUCAUGUGCAAGUCAGGCUACAGUUCCUCACACACAUAUACUCCCCUCUGGGCCUGCCUGAGUAUAUAAGACUGAGUGUGGAGGAGCUGGACACCCUGUGGCAGUGUCUGGCAAGUGAUCCAGAGUGUUCAGACGAACUGUUUAGCUGGCUGCUGCGGCAGACCAAGGCUCGUGAGCAACAUGCACUAAGACCCGAUACUCUGCGACACCUGUACACUCGCAAGCUGCCCACCUUGCCUCCUGAGACCAUCUCCAUGACAGCACUGGACCUGUACCAGCAACUGUGCAAUAUGGCUCGUACCUCCUGCGACUCCCCGGACAUGGACCACCUGUGGAAGAUAGCUCUCAGAGUCAACAACACUGAUGUGAGUAUGGCUGCCAUCCAGUAUCUCAACAACUACUACAUGGGUCGCCAGCUGGAGCAGGAGUCUGAGUUUGUGUCACAGUGUAUGGCCAACUUGGCACAAGCCACUCAGGACCUACACAACCACGAGGAGGCCAGCCUUCUAUGUAUACAACGAGCCUUACUGCUGCUCAACACUCAUCUUGACACUUUCAAACGCAGGUAUGCUUACCAUCUACGGCGCUGGACUAUAGAGGGCCAAAGUCUAGGAAGCCAUGUUAUAGGAGAGAGGGAGAGGGGAGCUGUACUCAAGGUAGUGGUGCAGCCAGCAGGAGUUCAGGACAAAGUCAGCAUAGAGAUGUUGAGCACAGACUAUGUGGCAGAGUUGAGAGCUGAAGUAACAGUCUGGUGGGAGACACUGAGUCACAAGCCUUCUACCGCUCUCAGCGACGGACCCAUCCGCAUCAUCACCCAGGGCCAGGAACUCACCAUUGAGUUUGACGAGAAAACACUCGGCGAGAUUGGCUUCAAAGACAACCAGAUGGUGUACAUCUCAGUGGGUGCUUCAAGACAGAAGAAGCGAGGUGACUCAGGGGACACUCCGUCCAUGUUGCCUCCUCCUCCUCGAGAGAGUCUGCCUACUGUGUUGCUGCUGCUGCCUAACUACUUUGAGCAACUGUUCACUCUGAUGCAGACCCUCAGUGCCAUGAAAACUCAAGUCAAGGGCGGACAUCACAUUCCCCACACCAAGGCGCAGGUGUUGUCUCGGAGAGUGUGGGACAUCCUCAUACUGCUGCCCACCAGCCCCACGCUGCUGGACGGCUUCCAGAAACUGGACUCUGAGUGCAAGCUACAACAUCUGCUGGAUCCAGCCAGUCCUCAGAAACUCAUGUACUCACUGUACAUCGUAGAGAGUCUCAACAGAAACUCCUCCCUGCAUAAGAAGUCUAUAAACACAGAUGAAGAAAGUUCCUCUGAAAGUCCUUGGAGUGAAAUGUUUGUACAAAAUGGAGGACUUCGCCACUUGUUUGAUAUUUUUAUGUCAGGGGUGCUACAAGUAUCUGGUGGCAGUGAGUGGCAGCAGGACUGCCUAGCUUGUCUGCUCAAGUUGUUGUGUCAGCUGGGAAUGACACACAACUGUGAUGAAGUCUCCAGCCUUUCUACCAAGAACAAGAGAAAACGUUGUGCCAAAUCUGAUAAAAUGGUCAUACCAAAACUAAGUCAAGCAAUGGUUCACUUGAUGGAAAUAGAGACUGUUAUUCCAAGACUGACUAGCAUUCUGUAUGAAGCCUCAAUGCCACGAGAUCCAAAUCAUUAUAAGACUGGGUUUUGGGGGAGAGCUCAGGUGGUGCAGUACGCCAUGGCUCUGAUUGUGUCCUGGGCCUACACUGUGCCAGGAGUGAGGGAGGCUCUUUAUGCCGAGGAAGGUUUCCACACUUGGCUGAGAAGGCUGGUACUUGAGGAGCCUGAACCUUGUGUUCGUCGGGAAGUCUGCACGGCGCUGUACAGGUUGGCUGCUCCUCCUCAUGCACCGUCCAUGCUCACCCAUCUCCUGGUCUUGCUGGACAAAGCCGAGGUCAUGAGGCCUGCCAAACAAGAGGGUCUUCAUCUUCAAGCUCUGCCAGAGGAUGGUAAAGAACCCUAUGGGCCAGCUUGCAGAGAUUAUUUUUGGUUGUUGAGCCGUUUGGUGGAUAAUCUAACACCUGAUGAUAUCUCUAAAGAGGUAAUAGAUUUAGAGAGGCUGGCCAGCAGAGUAUACCAGUCCAUUGUGGGGAGAGAGUAUCUGGAGACUAGACACAACACAGUGGAGGAUGACGGCCUCAUUGGACUGCUAAACCUCAUGUGCAACAUCCUCAAACACAACCCUGACUUCAAAACUGGCAAUGACGGACAAGCUUUGCUAAAUGAGGUAUUUGACUUCCUCUUUGCACUGCCUGACCCGAGCAACAGACACUUCCCCAAGUGUAAGUCUCAGACUGCUCGCUCGGCUGCCUAUGACUUGCUGGUGGAACUGGUCAACGGAGCCAAACAGAACUACAAGCAACUACAUGAGAAGCUGCUCAACCAACACAAGCCUGGUCCCCAUUCUCCAUAUCCGUGGGACUACUGGCCCCAUGAGGAUGGUCGCUCAGAGUGUGGCUACGUGGGUCUUACCAACCUAGGAGCCACCUGCUAUAUGGCGUCUUGUAUGCAGCAUCUGUACAUGAUGCCUCAGGCACGAGCUGAGAUAUUGCAGGCAGAUAGUGACAAAGCCACACCCAAACACCAACAAACCCUCAAAGAGCUGCAGCGCAUGUUUGCUUAUCUUCUGGAAAGUGAGAGGAAAGCGUAUAACCCUCGUAGUUUCUGUAAAGUUUACACAAUGGACCAUCAGCCUUUGAAUACUGGAGAACAAAAAGAUAUGGCUGAGUUUUUCAUCGACUUGGUCUCGAAGCUUGAAGAAAUGACACCUGAGUUAAAAAAGCUAGUCAAAACUUUGUUUGGUGGUGUGAUCAGCAACAAUGUCGUCUCUUUGGACUGUAAUCAUGUGAGUCGAACACUUGAGGAGUUCUACACGGUGAGAUGUCAAGUAGCAGACAUGCGCAACUUGUACGAGAGUCUGGACGAGGUCACAGUCAAGGACACACUGGAGGGAGACAACAUGUAUACCUGCUCUCAGUGUGGCAAGAAAGUCAGGGCGGAGAAAAGAGCGUGUUUUAAGAAGUUACCAAAUAUUCUAUGUUUCAACACAAUGAGGUACACCUUUAAUAUGGUUACCAUGCUAAAAGAAAAAGUCAACACACAUUUCUCGUUUCCUCUGAGGCUGGACAUGGCUGGUUAUGUGGAAAAGCAUCUGAUGCCUCAACAGUAUCAAGAGGAAAAGGAACAAGAAAGUAAGGAGCAGGAGAAGGAUGUGGAAGAUGAGUCUCUUUCAUACGAGUAUGAUCUGAUAGGAGUGACAGUCCACACAGGCACGGCUGACGGAGGACAUUACUACAGCUUCAUCAGAGACAGGUCCAGGGACAAGUGGUUUCUGUUCAAUGACGCGGAGGUCAAGCCAUUCGAUCCUAAACAGAUAGCGGCUGAAUGCUUUGGUGGGGAGAUGAUAAGUAAAACAUAUGACUCUGUGACGGACAAGUUCAGAGAUCUGAGCUUUGAGAAGACCAACAGCGCGUACAUGUUGUUCUACGAGCGCACGCCUUCAGGUGGCUGCGGCGAGGGGGGCUCCAAGGAAGAGGUGGCAGUCACUCAGUCCCUCACCACCUGUCCUCCAAUCACCCUUUCUAAAGAGCUGGAGGAUUGGAUCUGGCAGGACAACAUGCACUUCCUACGAGACAAGAAUAUAUUCGAACACACCUAUGUUCAGUUCAUGUCACAAAUAUGUGGGAAAGUUCCCCAAACUCUAGAUAAUAUCCAGGAAAUGAUAGAGAUGGCAGCACAGUUGUCUACAACCUUCUUUAUCGAAACCUUCAUUCACGCCAAAGAAAAGCCUACUAUGGUCCAGUGGGUGGAGUUGCUGACCAAGCAGUUCAGCACUUCACAAUCUGCUUGUGAGUGGUUCUUGCGACACAUGGCUCACAACAACUGGUGGCCAGUGCAGAUCCUCAUCAAGUGUCCCAACCAAAUGGUUCGUCAAAUGUUUCAGAGGUUGUGUCAGCAUGUUAUUCAACUGUUGAGGCCACAUCAUGCUCCUCUGUUCCUCAAGAUGGACUCUGAUGAUGAGGGGUUGGAGGAUGCAGACCCUGACAAGAUUGGCUACCAGAGUUGUGUCAGUAUGUUCAUCCGUAGUGUUAACUGUUGUGUGUUUUGUAUGGACUCUGAUGAUGAGGGGUUGGAGGAUGCAGACCCUGACAAGAUUGGCUACCAGAGUUGUGCCACUAUGUUCAUCCGUAGUGUUAACUGUUGUGUGUUUUGUGUAGGCCACAUCAUGCUCCUCUGUUCCUCAAGAUGGACUCUGAUGAUGAGGGGUUGGAGGAUGCAGACCCUGACAAGAUUGGCUACCAGAGUUGUGCCACAUCAUGCUCCUCUGUUCCUCAAGAUGGACUCUGAUGAUGAGGGGUUGGAGGAUGCAGACCCUGACAAGAUUGGCUACCAGAGUUGUGUCAGUAUGCCACAUCAUGCUCCUCUGUUCCUCAUGAUGGACUCUGAUGAUGAGGGGUUGGAGGAUGCAGACCCUGACAAGAUUGGCUACCAGAGUUGUGUCACUAUGCCACAUCAUGCUCCUCUGUUCCUCAAGAUGGACUCUGAUGAUGAGGGGUUGGAGGAUGCAGACCCUGACAAGAUUGGCUACCAGAGUUGUGUCACUAUGUUCAUCCGUAUGCUUCUUUCUCUGAUGGAACAUGGUGCUAAGCCUCAUUUGAAACACCUCACUGAAUAUUUUGCUCUUCUCUACGAGUUUGCCAAAAUGGGUGAAGAAGAAAGCCAAUUUCUCAUCUCAAUCCAUGCAAUCUCGACCAUGGUCAAUUUUUACUUGGGACAAAAGAGUCAUGAUUACGUGGAAGUAGUCAGCGAGGAGGAAGAGGAAGAAGAAGUAGUGCCACUACCUACAGAUAAAUACAAGCCCCAGUCACUAGACAAGAUGAUCAUGUUGGUAGCACUGCUGGUGGAGAAGUCCAGAGGACCUGAACACACUCUCCGUCUCUCCGCUACUGACUACAACGUCAUAGCAGGAAGCAAGGGGUUUCCGUUCCUUUUUCAACAAAUCAAGGACUCUAUCAAUCUUCAUCAGACCAGAAACCUAAUAUUUUCUCUGUGCCGUUGGAAUGACAGAUUAGCUACACACAUUGUAGCCAUGAUAUUCUCUGCCAUUCACAAAUUUUCAGAUCUUUGCCAGCCUUUCUUCAAGCUGCUGACCCAGUUGGUGGAGACUACAGCUGUAGGACCACAAGGACUGCCAAACUUUACCAACCUAGUGUUGGAGCGAGUGCUGGAGGUGAUGGAGGUGACACCUCAGAGUGCGCUGGACUGGCUGGCCGUGCAGGUACCUCGCAACAAGGCAGCACACGACUGGGUCAUGGGAGGCCUGGACAACUGGCUGCAGCACUACCUGCUGGCACACAACAACCAGCGAGUCCGAUCAGCUGCUGCCUACCUGUUGGUGGCGUUGGUGCCCAGCACACAGUUCCGCCAGUGUUACCGCACAGCUCGGCAACACAACGAGGUGAUGCUGCCUGCUCAGGCUCUCAAGGUGCUACACCAGGUUUACAUGAGUUUGUACUGUAAUGACUCAUGGUUGAUGUUUGCAGCUGCUGCCUACCUGUUGGUGGCGUUGGUGCCCAGCACACAGUUCCGCCAGUGUUACCGCACAGCUCGGCAACACAACGAGGUGAUGCUGCCUGCUCAGGCUCUCAAGGUGCUACACCAGGUUUACAUGAGUUUGUACUGUAAUGACUCAUGGUUGAUGUUUGCAGCUGCUGCCUACCUGUUGGUGGCGUUGGUGCCCAGCACACAGUUCCGCCAGUGUUACCGCACAGCUCGGCAACACAACGAGGUGAUGCUGCCUGCUCAGGCUCUCAAGGUGCUACACCAGGUUUACAUGAGUUUGUACUGUAAUGACUCAUGGUUGAUGUUUGCAGCUGCUGCCUACCUGUUGGUGGCGUUGGUGCCCAGCACACAGUUCCGCCAGUGUUACCGCACAGCUCGGCAACACAACGAGGUGAUGCUGCCUGCUCAGGCUCUCAAGGUGCUACACCAGGUUUACAUGAGUUUGUACUGUAAUGACUCAUGGUUGAUGUUUGCAGCUGCUGCCUACCUGUUGGUGGCGUUGGUGCCCAGCACACAGUUCCGCCAGUGUUACCGCACAGCUCGGCAACACAACGAGGUGAUGCUGCCUGCUCAGGCUCUCAAGGUGCUACACCAGGUUUACAUGAGUUUGUACUGUAAUGACUCAUGGUUGAUGUUUGCAGCUGCUGCCUACCUGUUGGUGGCGUUGGUGCCCAGCACACAGUUCCGCCAGUGUUACCGCACAGCUCGGCAACACAACGAGGUGAUGCUGCCUGCUCAGGCUCUCAAGGUGCUACACCAGGUUUACAUGAGUUUGUACUGUAAUGACUCAUGGUUGAUGUUUGCAGCUGCUGCCUACCUGUUAGUGGCGUUGGUGCCCAGCACACAGUUCCGCCAGUCUGCUGCCUACCUGUUAGUGGCGUUGGUGCCCAGCACACAGUUCCGCCAGUCUGCUGCCUACCUGUUAGUGGCGUUGGUGCCCAGCACACAGUUCCGCCAGUGUUACCGCACAGCUCGGCCACACAAUGAGGUGAUGCUUCCUGCUGAGGCUCUCACGGUGCUACACCAGAUCUAUAUGGUGCUGCUGCGACUGCUGAAGACUGCCCGUCUCUACACAGAGAUAGCUCAGCACGGUUCUAGCAAGCUGUCUGCAUACUUCACUCUGCUCAACUACUUCGCCAUCUCACGCAAAGAAAAACUCAUGUUUGGACCUUACCUUCUCGACCUCUGGCAGCUGUUUCACCCUAAGCUGUCUGAGCCUGGGAUACCCGUACAUCACAACAAGCAGGCUUUACUCAUGUUUUGGUACCAUGUUUGUACCGACUGCCCAGAAAAUGUACAGCUCAUCCUGCAGAACGCUCACAUCAUAAAAAACAUUGCCUUUAAUUAUAUAUUAGCAGACCAUGAGGACCAGGAGGUGGUGCUGUUCAAUCGUGCCAUGUUGCCAGCCUACUACGGUCUGCUGCGGCUGUGUUGUCAGCAGUCACGGUCCUUCACCAGACAGCUGGCCAAUCACCAGAACCUCACAUGGGCAUUCAAGAACAUCACACCACACCCCACACAGUACGCCAUGGCUGUGGAUGAACUGUUCAAGUUGAUGGCCCUGUUUGCUGCCAAGUACCCAGAUAGCACAGAGCAUGAAAUCAUGGAGAUAAAUGCUUUUCGCAAGCAGACUCUGCAGCUAUAUCUUCAGUUCCUUGAUGGUCGUUCGUCAUGGGCCACCCUUAUUUCUGCAUUUAGAAUACUAGUAGAGAAUGAUGAAGAUCGUCACUUUGUACUAUAUAAUGGUGGCCUACAAAUGUGCUUUGAGUCGUUCCAUACAUUGCACGUGAUGUACCAUGAGGCAACAGCAUGUCAUGUCACUGGGGACCUGCUAGAGCUGCUGACUAUCCUGGUGGACCUCAUCAAGUGUCUAAGAUCCUUCUUGUUCCAUACAUUGCACGUGAUGUACCAUGAGGCAACAGCAUGUCAUGUCACUGGGGACCUGCUAGAGCUGCUGACUAUCCUGGUGGACCUCGUCAAGUGUCUUAAGACCCUGAGAGAACAAACAUGUCAGAACUGUUCGUUCCAUACAUUGCACGUGAUGUACCAUGAGGCAACAGCAUGUCAUGUCACUGGGGACCUGCUAGAGCUGCUGACUAUCCUGUCGUUCCAUACAUUGCACGUGAUGUACCAUGAGGCAACAGCAUGUCAUGUCACUGGGGACCUGCUAGAGCUGCUGACUAUCCUGUCGUUCCAUACAUUGCACGUGAUGUACCAUGAGGCAACAGCAUGUCAUGUCACUGGGGACCUGCUAGAGCUGCUGACUAUCCUGGUGGACCUCGUCAAGUGUCUAAGAUCCUGUAGGGAAAGCAAAGAUGUCAGAACUAUAUUCCUUGCAUGUAAGGAUUGGUCGGACAUUCUUCGCAAACUGGUAACAUUGCUCAACACUUACAACUCUCAGGAUAUGCGCAACCUAUGCAUAGACCUACUGAAGGAGCUGGUGCUGCUGCUACCAACAGAUGUGCUGGGCGUGCUGGUCCCUGUGCUGCUCCACUGCCAUGCUGCGUUCCAAGACAACAACAAUGCCAUGCCCAUGGGACCUUACUUCCCCCGCCGUGGACACAAACUGCCCUCCCUUAGUCUCAAAGGCAGCGCAAGACCUCUGCGGCCGAUGGUGCAGAUGGCCGUCCCUCACAAUCAGAUUGAUGUCGCCAAGGGUGUAGAUCCGGAGUAUGACCAAGCUCUUCACCAGUUCUAUGCUCCUUACCACAACUUUGUGGACGUCAUGUGUCGUCUGGCCAUCAACAACAACUGCAUGACUGAGAAUCUAGUCAACCUCAGUGCAAUGGUGGGUUUUGAGGCUGUACCAUUGCAUUUCACCUUCUUCCCCAAACUGUGGCUCGACAUCCAUCAAGCUCAGAAUGUGGAUCGGAAGUACAUCAACAUGUUGACCAACAGCAACUACUUUGCUGAUUAUGUAGAGUCUGUGCUGUUAGACGAACGCCUGUCACUAAACAUCAACAUUAUAUAUGACUUCCUGGCUACAUACUUCCCCAAGGUAGCUCCACAAGUGCUGUCUGACCAGACGUGUCAGUUGAUGGAGACUCUGGUACACACACUAGGCAAAUCACUUGACACUGCCAACCUGACCACAGCUGCGUACAAGCUGCACGGAGACCUACGAGCGUUGUCUCUAGUCUACAGUGUGCAACUGCCUGUGGUACCUCCUCCGGAUCUGCCUCCCAUACUGGACAAACUACUGUCCAAGAUCAAGGACAACUUGACAGAUGAAUCUCCUAGUAAAAGACGAAAAACAAAUGAAGAAGAUCAAGCUAAAAAAGAUAAAGAAGAGACGCCUGAGGAAAAGAGUUGUAUCCCCAGUGAACCUAGCUGUAGUGGUGGGAGUGAAGCGAGUUGCUCAAAGGAGAAAGACAACAUCGUAGAGGAGGGAGGUGGGAGUGGCUUACCUAGUGGGAGUGGGAGUGGGAGUGGGAGUGGGAGUGGGAGUGGAGAGGUGGACUGGCUAGAGCGACUACAAACUACAACAGUAGCACUUGUAGCAGCCUUGCAACAGAAAAUAGCACACGAGGAGCCCACCUAGUGUACAAGCAUUCAUUUCUAUGUGUGUAAAUCAAUCAAUGUAUUAUAAUUUUAGAAAAUAUUUGCUUUACAUAAUAACUUGAAUUUAAGUUUGUGCUGAAUUGGUGAUAUUUUAAAAACAUAUCAGUUUAGUGUUACCGUUAAUGAGUUUUAAAGUUUUCUUUCUAGUUAUGAAACUUGGUUUAAUUUAUUUAUUGAAAGUUUAUUUUAUGAAUUUUGUAUUCAAAUAUCACCAGAGCUGUUGUAUCAACAGUAGAGGGCCAAACACUUGACUCUGUAUGAUUUAAAAGUAAACGUUAUUCUUGAAAAGUUUAA